AUACGUCAAAGUUGACAUGUAAAUAAACGAAAACAAAGGCAUUAUUUACUGUAAAAAUGCGAUAAAAGUGCUUGGACUUGCAUCUUACACCUAUAUUCCAUCAAUUUUGUGAGUAUUUGGGCCCAUUACGUCAUCGGGGAACGCAAUCUCAUGAAACUAAAAUGGCGCCAAUGGCCUAUAGUUGUAUGCUAAUAUUUGCUUUCUUCGCUUUACUUUCUAGUUGUGGACCCUAUGCUGUAGUGUCAAUGUUUUUGCAUCUAAAUAUUGUACUUAAGUGUGGUUGUAAUGAAGAAGUUGGCACAUGCAUAGGUUAUUUUUAGCGCAGCAGCUGUGUGCUUGGCCAAUUUAGCCUGCGCAUGGCGCCUGGGGCUGCGUGACCUUUGGGCGACUUCUCGCACUCGGAAAAAUACUCGAAGCUAAGUUUAGUGGUCGAAAUUCGCAUCACAGUCGGAUCGUCAAAGUGUCAAAUUUCAUGGCUUGUUUAUUUUUGUUUUUGAGUUCUCAUUUGACUUGUAAAACGUCGUAAUGACAGUGGAUUGACGUGACAAGCUAACAAGAUGGCUGCCAACCCAGCAGGAUUUGUCACGCGACUAUCUCGAGACCGCUUCCCGUCCACGUCGUCUGACGACAAUGAGAGCGACGGCGACAUGGACAUCGCGCGCCGGCAGAGCAUGCUGCAGGUGGUGGGCCACUCGCCGGGCGGGCCGCCGCCGGGGCUGGCGGGGUCGGUGCGCAAGCGGCGCGGCAACCUGCCCAAGCACUCGGUGAAGAUCCUCAAGCGCUGGCUCUACGACCACCGCUACAACGCCUACCCCAGCGACGCGGAGAAGCUCACGCUCAGCCAGGAGGCCAACCUCACCGUACUGCAGGUGUGCAACUGGUUCAUCAACGCGCGGCGCCGCAUCCUGCCGGAGAUGAUCCGGCGCGAGGGGCACGACCCGCUGCACUACACCAUCUCGCGCCGCGGCAAGAAGCAGCCGGGCGCGGCCGGCGGGCAGAUGGCCGCCGCCAGCGCCUGGGAGGGGCAGGAGGUCGAGACGGAGGCGGGCGCGGCGGCGUACGCGGACGGGCUGCUGGUGUACCGCGGCGACGAGCUGGCCGACGACGAGGACUACUCGUCCGCCGUCAGCGAGGACGAGGUCAAGUACGACCCGUCCGUGUGGCAGUCCGUCAUCCGCUACCAGCCGCAGGACGACCAGAAGCGGGGAACGGCGGCAGUAGUGACGGUUGUGCCGGCGGGGCGCGAGGCGGGCGGCGACCGCGAGCAGUUCAAGUGCCUGUACCUGCUGGUGGAGACGGCCGUGGCCGUGCGCCAGCGCGAGCAGGAGCAGGACCACGUCGCCGUCUAGUGCCCCCAGAGCCAUAUUCGAGCGCGAGCGAAGAGACGCUUCACCGACACACCAAGCGAAGUGGCCUUUCAGCUCGAUUUUAGAACGCGUUUACAAUAGACAAGCCGACCGUAAGACAUCUUACAUAAUGUACUCAUAUUGACUAUGAUUUGAUGCCUUAAAAUGUACCUAACUACGCAUAAAAGCUACGUGCACCAACGGUUUAUAUAAUUAUCAACUAUAUAGGCUUUUCAUGUCCUGUAUCAUUAGUAUAGAAAAAUCUAAUUAAAUGAACACCUGUGUACGGUCUGAGAGAUUUAUAAAAAACGGAACAUGUCCUAAAUAGUAGGUCCGAAGGCGUAGACACUACGACGCUCUACAAUAGUAGUGUGGUUUUCGCAAGCAAUAACAUUUUCUUAGGAUAGUUACAGAAUUUCAGUGUAUCCGUAAAGCCCUUUACUUUUCUAAUAAUAAAACUGGCUCCCCGUGGUACAUGGAAUCGAUCUAUAUACAAACUUCGUCUUCUAUUUCUAUUAUUGUAUUUUCAAAUGACGAUUUGAAUGUUUAACUACCUACCUACACUGUUACUAGUGUGAUUUAGUGCACAAGUACAUAGUUAUUUUCCGUACACUUGUGUAUGUUUUGAUUGUGACAUUAUUGAACGGACUAACACGCUUCCGUGACAAAUUUAGAGUGAGAUAGCAGUAGGUAUAUUAGUGUAUUAAUAUUAUGAUCAUUUUUAAAUAAUGAUACCUACCUAGUUACUGCAAUAUGUACCUCUAUAGGUAUGUAACAUAAUUUAUACUAUUACGUAUAACUAAAAUACAGUAGAUUUGUAAAGUUUUGAUGUCAUUUAUUUAAAGCAACAGUUCGUUCGGUUCAUCAGAUUUACUUAGUAAUGACUGCAUACAUAGAACAACAAUAGCCUUAGUAUUAUGUAGUAAAUAUAUUUAGUGGUUUAGAGGAGUAACUAUAAAUGACUAUUUAUAGAGUAGUUGUGACUAAAUUAUUUGCCAUAAUUACUAAGUACAUCCUUCCUCCACGCUACAUUGUAAGCAGAUUAAGGUUAUUUUGCAUUUUCAUUAAAUAUCUAUUUCAUAGUAGUUCAGUAGUUCUAGUCCUAUCAUUCAUUAGCCAACAAUACUCUUUUUAGAAAUUAGUGGCAAUGGUUCACUUGUUACUUAUAUGUGUGUCAAUACGUAAGAGUAAGUGGUUAAUUCUACUACUUACUCGAACCAUACAUCUUUAUCAACAUGAGGUGAGAAUUUUAGGGUUUUGAGACUUUAAUGAAACUAAAAUUAAUAAAACAUAGUGCAUACUUACCAUAUUUUAUUUUGCUUUCUCAUUAGUAAAAUUCUCAAAUCAGAGCUUAUGUUACAUUAAUCGUUCAUGAAAAUUAAACCCUUGCUAUGAAUAUUACUUAUAUUAUAUUAGGUAUUUUUUUAUUAUGUUUGGUAAGCUGAAAGAAAUUUUCACCAUGCACAAAAGCUGCUUUUUCUACGACUUAUUAAUAUACAGAACCUCUGUAAUUCGAACCUCUCAAGAAGACGCCGAAGACUUAAAACUUGUUUUUAUAACAACUUAAUACCUACAUGUUUUAACUUCUAAGGAAUAGUUUUGAAGAGGUUGCAUCUUAUCGAGUUUCAACUUCCAGAGGUUGUAAUUACGAAUGUUAAAAAGACUACGGGCAUUUGAGUUUUGAAGGUAUCACUCGGUGUAGCCAUAGCUAUUACAAAUUGUAUAAAAAAUAUAUAUCACUAUCAAAUAACAUAAUAUACCUACCUACUUCUCUCACGCGAAUCAUAAUAAUAAUAUAAUUAUAUUUCAUAUUAUCUCAUUCGUGUCAUGUCGCAAAUGCCUAUUUUCUUUCAUGGAACUUGUAGUAAAAAAGUUUUUUCUAUGGUUGAGUCAUUAUUACCUUUUAGCUUACUAUCAAACAUCGUGUUGGUAACAACCUGUAGUAGACAUCCUGCAGCAAAGGUACUAGGUUUUUUCUUCUAUAAUUUGCUACACUGUGCCAUCGGCAAAUUAUACGUGUGUUUUCUAAAACUAAAAAUACUUACAAAUAUUCACUUAAUAUUCGGAAAUAGUAAUAGUUUAGGGUGGUAUAUUUAAACGUUUUGGCUAAACCGGCUUUGUUUAGUAGAAAUAACUGUAUGUGUGCUUUUUAUUUUUAACUUCUAUCACGCACGGCGCAAAGCCCUGUAAUGCUAACAUAGUUACACCGUGUACAUAUUUUUGACAGACUUUCGAGAACAUUUGCAAUAAUUAAAGAUAAAAAUAUAAUAAUCAUAUAUAACAAAGCAUAUACUGCCAAAAUUAUUUGUGUACAUAUAACCGAGUUAGAUAUAGUAAGUAAGAUAAAUAGUAAACUUAGUACGUAGAGACGUAGAAGAAAUGAUUUAAGUUAAGUCAUGUGAUGACUUCGACUGUAUACUUCAGUUGUUUUUAAUCUCUGAUAUAAAUCGUAAUUUCUGUAUUAAUUUAGGGAGGGAAUUAAUUUUUAUUUAUUUGAUUUAAAAGAUGUAUCAGAGUGUUAAAAGGCUUUUAAACUAUAGAGAACAAGUUACUCCCAUUUUAAGUUAAAUAAGUAGGUUAGGUACCUAUAGUAUGUAGGUAUCCAUUUUACUCCUAUUUCAUUACACCUUAAUAAUAAUCAUUAAUUUAGGCAUUUUGCACAUUACCCUUUGUCGGUAUGUAAUAAUGUAUAACUUUUGAAUUAAAAUUUCCUUUAGGUAAUUAGAACCUAUCGCAAAAUAAAUUAAUGUAAUACUGCGUGUGCGUAUACCUACCUAUACAAUGAUUUGAGCUUUGGCGAACUACUUUUUUUUGAAAGCUCCACAGGUGAAAGAUACUGUAUUCAUGCUUAAAAGCGAUGAUUAUUAUUAUAAAUUAUUUUGAUGAAACAUUUCUCUAUGCAUAUUUAUAAGCUCAUCUCAUAAUUCAAAUAUUUUAUGCGGUUCCUUAUUAAAGUAAUUUCGGAGGUGUAUGGAUAAUAUUAUUAUUGAGUGUAAGGUUAUUUUGUUUCUCCCGAGUACAAGUAGGUGUAUUUGGUUACUCUGUGUACAUAUUUGUGUGUAAGAUCGUAAUUUAGUGAUUAAACUUGAGUUCACAGUA